AUUGUUCUUCCUGGUCAGAAAAAAAAUAUACAAUUAUUAAAGUACCGUUUCAUUGGUGAGUUGAUUUACCAAAACGAAUGACGAAAACAGAAUUAUGUCAAGAACAUCUUUCAUAACCGCGUCUGAGAACAAGUAUGUCUUCUCAACACUUAGGAAACUACAGAGUACGAAAAGUACUAUAUACUAAUAAUGAAAAAGAUGAAGAGGAUUCAAAGUUAUUCAGAAUGGAAAUUAUAUAAACUUCCUUGUUGUAAUAUAGCCAUCUUAGAGUGCUGAAGGAUGAAGUUUGGUAUAUUCUGCGUGUUUUUUAUUCAGAUUGGAAACUUCAUCUACGUACAGUCCUACGAUCAGCUGGUGACACCCGGAGUUACAGAGGCUGUGAGUAGUUCUGUAGGAUGGGGAGGAUAUCCAAACAAGACAGUGGACGGAGACAAGACACAGAAUCCUUACACGUACUGCAUGCACACAGCAGGCGGAAAAACAGAGGCGUGGCUCAGAGUUGACUUAGGAGGGAUCUACAAUCUGAGAUCGGUUAAAAUUUGGUAUAAAAACGACAGGCCACCAGAAAAUACAAAGAGAUUGCAGGGAUUCUCCAUCCGCCUAUCAAACACGCCUACACCUGUCCCCAGUGACACCUGUUACCAGGAUCCUGGUGACCAAACUCUGCCUGCCGUGCUGGAGAGAGAUUGCCGGGGAGCGGCCCAAUAUGUUUGGUUCUAUACAAACAGAGACAAUGGCGGUGGCGUGUUCCUUGAAAUAUGUGAAGUUGAAGUGUACGGAUGUCCAGAAAAGCACUAUGGCGAAGAGUGCGGCAUUUGUAAUGACUGCGAAAAACAUUGUGACGUAAUAAAUGGGCAGUGUCGGUGUUUCAAAGCUGAACAUCAUCCCCCUACCUGUAAUCGGGAGUGCAAACACGGAUUUUACGGCACAAACUGUAGUCUUGUCUGUGGACAUUGUGCAGGGAACGCAACAUGUGAUCACGUGACUGGUUCUUGUCCUUCUGGGCAUUGUGCACCAGGAUGGAAGCACACAUCGGAUCGGAAAUGUGACCAAGAGUGUGAUGACGGGUGGUACGGUUUGUACUGUAAUGAAAGUUGCAGUGAUCACUGCUUAGGGGGUCCAUCCUGCAGGAAAACUGAUGGCGUGUGUCUAGGAGGGUGUUCGGAUGGAUGGACAAAUCCUCAAUGCAAUAUUGCCUGCAAGGAAGGAUUUUACGGCCCAAACUGUAGUCACAUCUGCGGACAUUGUGCUGGGAACGCAACAUGUGAUCACGUGACUGGUUCUUGUCCUUCUAUGGAGUGUGAACCAGGAUGGAAGCAUACAUCUGAUAGGAAAUGCGACCAAGAAUGCCAGGAGGGAUUUUACGGCAGAGACUGCGGCUUUCAUUGCGGAAAUUGCGCUGGAAAGGGUAGAUGUGAUCACGUGAACGGUUCUUGUCCUUCCCCAUACUGUGAACCAGGCUGGAAACAUACUGAUGAUUGGAGAUGUGACCAAGAGUGCGAUGACGGGACUUUUGGAUAUAAUUGUAUGGUAACGUGCAGAGGCCACUGCGCUGAUGGAUUACCCUGUAGAAAAAGAGAUGGCGUGUGUCCGGGAGGUUGUAUGAAUGGAUGGACAAAUUCUCACUGCAGCGGAAAAUGCAGUCAUGGAUCUUACGGGAAAGCUUGCAUGGAAAGGUGUGGUUAUUGUGCAGACAACGAACCGUGUAACCACAUCAACGGAACCUGUCCUGGCUCGUGUGAACCGGGAUAUCAGGGGAAGAAGUGUGACAUAGAAAAGGACACAGGAACUUCUGGAUCUCUUUGUCAUUCGAUGUGUACCAUUGUACAGAAUGUAUGUUAUGCAGUGUGUGAGAAGCUGUCUCAACUUGAGCGAAAAUCGUAGAGUUUACCAGAUGUAUAAUUUACUGACACUUACUGCAUGGAAUGUAUUGAUGUAAUAUUAUUCAUUAUAUUGACUUACAAGGAGGAAGAGUGUAGUUUUAUGUUUCCCAUGAAAGUAUACUCAAGAAAGCUAUAUUUUUCGAUGUACUCACGAUCGUGUAGGGGAAUUGUUUGAUGUAAAAUAAAAAUGUUUAAAGUAGGGUCUAGUAGCGUGACGUCAUGUCCGGAUCGAAGUCCGGUACUGGUUCACGUACUAUUAUUAUCAAACGUAUUUUUACAUUUACCUAGAUGUAUUUUGAUUUAGUAAAAUGAAUACAAUAACACUCAAUCACUUAUAUUUGAGUAGACUAUGGCUCCAAUCUUCUUUCCAUUUGUUGUUCAUCUAAUUCACACAUAAAACCAGAGGUACAUAUUUUUUUCAAUUGAUAUACAGGGGCAUUACAUGUUAAAAUUAUCUGUAAAUUAAAAAAAAAAUCAUGAUUUGCAAUAAUGCACUUGUGGAAUUAAUAAAACAAUUCUGCACUUGUUAUAUAUUUGUUAUCUUGUUAUAUAUUUGUUAUCUUCUAUUAUGUGAAAUCAUCUUCAAAAUGGCUAUUUUGGCUAAAAAAUGUAAAUAUAAAUUGAGAUGCUGUGAAAAUAUUAUGCUGAGAAAGAGCAGAUUUUAAAAAUGUAUUUUAACAAGCAUUCAUAUAUGAACAUAAUAUGUGAGUUUGAAUGAAAAAUCACAAGUCAAAUUUUUAAAAUAUUCAUAUUAGUGGUGUUGCAGUGGCGUAUUUUUGACUGCAGAGGGCCUGUAUUGAGUUCAAUUUUGUACCACCAUUAUUAAAAAACAUGAAACUGUGUUAAAAUUUCACUUUUAAUUAUUUAGUUAGACAUAUUUAUUUCAUAUUUGGGGGAAAAUAAUUGAGCAUCAUACCUCAAACAAAAUUUUAUGGACAUAUUCUAGGACUUCUUCAAUGAAUUCCGAUAUUGCCGUUUGACAAAUGGGGGUACACGUAAUAAAAAUACCAUAAUUUACUCAUUAUACUGACAACCCCCAUUUUUUUGUUUUUAUCAUACCCUCAAAUGAACAAUCUAAGUAUUUAAACUCAAAUUUUUGAGAAAUCACAAGUAGAUCCAGGACUAGGGACCUACCUUAAUGCAGUUUAUUUUCUUUUGUAGAGAACAUGAUUCACGUUGGAAAGCUACCUACCAAAAUGAAAACAAUAUUGACUGAAUUCGUUUUCUCUUUGUAUUAACUAUGCUGAUAGACGAUAUAUGUACUAAUGUAUCAUUAGCUUCUAUAAUUAGCCUUAUUUGUUUGGUGUAUUAUUUCAAGUGCACAAAAAUGAAAAAGUUUGAUUCUUUUUUAAAUGAUAUAAUAAAAUUGUCAAUUAUA